AUGCCUUCUCUUGUUGGAAAGGAAAUAGGAGCCACCGGCUAUGGGAUGAUGAGAUUGACUUGGAAUACUCAGCUGCCGUCUGAAGAGCAGAGCUUUGAGACCUUGGACACAGCCUUGGACCUUGGUGCGAACUUCUGGAACGGCGGGGAGCUUUACGGCCCCGUGGACUUCAACUCUUGCCAUUUGCUCAACAAGUAUUUCACAAAGUACCCCGAGAAGGCAGACAAGGUUAUAUUGAGCAUCAAGGGAGGCAAUAAGGUCGGGGAACUCGUAUGGGAUGGGUCCGAGGCCAACAUUCGCCGCAGCGUGGACGAAUGCCUCCGGAUCCUGGACGGGAAGAAGACGAUCGAUAUCUUCGAAUGCGCCAGACAAGACCCCAAGACCACCGUCGAGCAGACGGUGACUAUCUUGGCCCAGUAUGUCAAGGAGGGCAAAAUCGGCGGGAUCGGUCUGAGCGAAGUGGAUGCUGAGACUGUCCGGCGGGCGCACAAGGUCCAUCCUAUCGCCGCGGUUGAAGUAGAAUUAUCACUCUUCGACACCCAUAUCCUCGAAGAUGGCACGGCAAAGGCCUGCGCAGAGCUCGGAAUCCCCGUCGUCGCCUACUCGCCCUUGGGCCGGGGAAUUCUAGCCGGUGCCUUUACAAACCUAUCCGAAGUCCCAAAGGGCGAGUUCGUUCACUUGUUGCCUAGGUUCCAGGGUGAAGCCAUGGAGCAAAACCUCAAAUUGGUGAACGCGGUCAAGGAACUCGCCGCUCGCAAGAACGUUGCACCUGCUCAGAUUGCUCUGGCCUGGGUCCUGGCUUUGAGCGAAAAGCCAGGUAUGCCAACCAUGAUACCAAUUCCCGGAGCCACUACCAAGGACCGAGUCACCCAAAAUAUGAGAGGCGUACCGGUUCUGUCGGAUGCAGACCUGGCCGAGAUUGAUGCUAUUCUAAAGCUGCACGAGGUCAUUGGUGACCGCUACUAG